GUCGUUCGAACUGUCAAUUAGUUUACGUUUCUCAAUUAGGUCGACGAAAGGCGGCGCGACCAGCAGCCAAUCUCGCGACGGUAAAUUCGGAGAGCGCGCUGCCAUUUGCAGUUAUGCUGGAGCUGGCGAGCUUGUUACUAGGCGUUCACUUCGGGGGCCCCGAGAAGCGUUAUUUGGCUCGGUGCUGACUAGUCUGAGCCACGGCGAAGCCCUUCUCAGGCGCGUGUCACGUUGUGCCCGACGAAAAUCGGCAGAAAGCAUGGAGACGGCAGUGGCCGUGCCCGGAAUUCACGUGGACAUGUCGUCCAAGCGGGGAUCGACGACCGUGUUCCAGCGGACGACGUGUCGAUCGGCGAGCGUCGAUCAUCGGCCCAAGACCCUGAAGCCCGCCAACGGAGCCGCGGCCGAGUCCGGCGUGCUCAGAAGGCCCGCCGCCGCCCGCGAAGAGCCCGCGAGCAACCAGAACAAGCCGCCCGCGCCGACUGGAGGCAAAGGCACGCACGGCAAGCGGCGUCAGUCCUUCGGCGCCGCGACCGACUACAGCAAGCACCUUUUCAAGAGGCGACGGCGCGACCUGUUCACGCCGCCCACUAAGUUCCUCCUGGGAGGCAACAUCAACGACCCGCUGAACCUGGCCAGCUUCGCGGACGACGAGGUGAACAAGCGCGCGAACGCCGUUACGCCCAAGUCGUCACCCGUGCCGACCCCGCGGCAUAGGACUCAGGUGGAGGUACUCAUCCCGCCCAACAUCAACGACCCGCUGAACCUGAACACGGGAGAAGACAUCGAGUUCAAGCUCAUCUCGCCCGGGUCGCGCAAACGAAAACGCAGGUACAAGCGCAAGUCUAGAAGUGAGGACGACCCGGCUACCGCUGACUGCAGUGCGACGGCACCCGCCGCUACUGCUACUGCCGUUGCUGCUACUGCUACCACUGCUACUACUACUAUAGACUCCUCGGCCCCCGAGGCCUCUUCGGCGACCGACGUCGUCGAUGGUGCUUCCGCCUCCGCUACCGAUGCAGAGGCGCCAACGGCGACGCCUUCUCCGGCCGUCAACGCGGCGACGACCUCUCGGAAGACGUCUGGGAGCGCUCCAGCGCUCGCUUCCUCUUCUUCCUCUUCCUUCGCGUCCGCGGCUGUUGUGAGCACCGUCGACAAGAUCGUCUCUCCCGUCGUGCCUCAGGGUUCGCCCGUCAAGUUCUUGCGUCGAAAGUCUUCGGGCGAGACGCGACGUUCGAGCGGCGGCGCUGCCGCCGCCUCCUCGACGUCCUCCCGUGCGGCGUCGUCCAACGCCAAGCAGCAGCAGAUGCACUUCAGGCCGAAGGACGCGCAUUUCCAGUACGGCAACUACAACAGGUACUACGGCUACCGCAACGGCGGCGGCCAAGAGGACCCGCGCCUGAAGGCCAUGAAGCCGGAGUGGUUCCGGGGUCUAGACGUGCUCGACAUCGGCUGCAACGUGGGCCACCUGACGCUGUCGCUCGCUCGCGACUUCGCACCGCGCAAGGUGAUCGGACUGGACAUUGACGGCGGCCUCAUCCGCGCCGCGCGUCGCAACGUACGCCACUACCUGACAGCAGCGUUGGCCGGAGAGAUGCGGUUCCCGGUGUCCAUGGCCAUCUGCCACGGUCCCAUCGCGGCUGCCGCGUUGCCCGGCCGCCAGGCCGAGUCCGUGGCCUUCCCGAACAACGUCUUCUUCGUCGAGGGCAACUACAUUAUGGACAACGAGGCCCAACUGGAAGCGCAGCAGGAGGAGUUUGACAUGAUCCUCUGCCUGAGCCUGACCAAGUGGGUGCACCUGAACUGGGGCGACGACGGCGUGCGGUUCCUGUUCAAGCGCAUGUACCGCCAGCUGCGGCCUGGCGGCCGCAUGCUUCUCGAGGCGCAGCCCUUUCACUCCUAUGCCAAGAAGAAGAAGCUCACGGAGGUCACAUACAAGAACUACCAUGCAAUCACCCUUCGGCCGGAAAAGUUCAACGAGUACCUGCUUUCACCAGAAGUCGGCUUUGCAAAGUGUGAACUUGUCGCCACGCCUUCCCAUGCUUCCAAAGGUUUCCAAAGGCCCCUCUAUUUAUUCACCAAAGCAGGCUCGCUAGACGAGUCACAAAGUCGGCCCGGGAACGAUGCAAAAGCCUCCAGCAGCAGCAGCAACGGCAACAAUAACAACAACAACAGGAGCUGUGCGCCUGAGACUUCAGAAGCCAGCGUAACGAAGGAAUGACUGUCCUCUCGUGGUGGGCGGUGUGAUCUUUUUUUUUUUUGUCUCGUGUGAUCGUUCCACUGCACAUCAGACUAUCCUCCCGGUGCAUCGCCAUAUGCAGGACAGGCCUUGCAAGUGUGCUCGUCAAUUCACUGAACAGUGUUUUUUUUUUCUUAAUCUCCCCGCAAGAAUUUUUUUGUGUGUAUGUUUGUUUGGUGCCUCUUCCAUCGUUCUGUGUUGGCUUCCAACUGGGACUCAGCUCUCCUCAUAAGAGACUUUCUCCACAUGCACAUAAUGCGGCGCCAUGAUCCAUUUGCUUGUCUCGAGUUGCCUUUUUUUCAUUGAGGGAGUAAUUUUUUUUUCUUUUUGGCCUCGUUCAAAAGCAUGGCUGAAGGAAAGCCAGUGCAGUGUUUUUGCAAUGCAAACCGUGUGCCAGUAAAGGAGGUCAUGAAAUGAGCUCUUGUACUGAAUUAA